CGUCCCUAAACACGCAAACCUCCUGAACCCCGGCAAAAUGGCGUUGGAGGAUUUCGAAAAGUCAUUGACAGAGGACCAGGACAGGCGACGCGCGAGAAGCGAUCGUGACAGACACCAUCGCCAUCGGGAUCGCAGCCGGGAUCGCAGCAAGGAUCGCUCGAGGCAUCACCGCCAUCAACACCACCGCCGUCACUCAUCCCGAUCGAGAGAACGCGAGUCCGAUAGACACAGAGGAUCGCGCCAUGGCGACGACGAUGGACAUCGACAUAAACGCUCUCGCCAUUCGUCGGACCACGGCGGCGACCGAGACCACACCCACAAACGGCGGCAUAGACGGGAAGACAGAGAGGACGAUGCGGGCUCGCCCGUGAAGGAGACAGUCCAGGAGGAACCGAACCGCUUAAAAAGGGAUUCAUGGAUGGAAGCUCCCUCCGCCCUUGAUGUGGAUUACGUACAACGCCGCGAUACUACGCGCCUGCAGGAGGAACCGAAACCCACGAUGCUCCAAGCGGAUUUCGAACUCAAAAUCCAUGGCCGAGAGCUGAACAGCCAUUUGCGCGAUCUAAAAGAUGGGAAGGCAUUGGAGGAGGUUGAAGAGGAGCCGGCUCAGCACGAGGUCGAUUAUACCUUUGGGGACGUUGGUUCUAAAUGGAGGAUGACCAAGCUGAAGGCCGUCUACAGGGAAGCCGAAGAGAGCGGGAGGACGGUGGAAGACAUCGCAUUCGAUCGCUUUGGGGAUUUGCGGUCCUUCGAUGAUGCCCGCGAAGAGGAGGCGGAGCUAGACCGCCGCGAAACAUACGGAGAAGGCUAUGUGGGCAAAGAGAAGCCCACGGGAGAACUAUUUCAGGAAAGAAAGCUCGAGGAAAAUGUCCAUCGCGACCCUCAUGAGCAUGUGCGAAGCCCUGCACGGGAACUUGAUGCCGAGGGACAAGGCAAACCUAUGGAUACCCAGCCUCCUUCUAAUACCACGCAGCAUCUGGACCUGACGGCCCUCAAUCGACUGAAGGCUCAGAUGAUGAAGGCAAAGCUCAAGAAAUCGGCGGAUGCUGCCGAGCUCGAGGAGCAGUACAACGCCGCGGCGGCGGCAAUGGCAAACCGGAAGGAAUCCGACGUUGUCGUACUCGGCGUGAAAGAUAAUCGAAUGCUGGCUGGGGCGAGAAACGAAGUGAAAGCGGUGGACAACAAACGGGGGCGAGAGCGUGGCAAAGUGGAAGAAAAUGAAGACAUGAGCAUCGACGACAUGCUUCGGGAAGAGCGAAGGACACGAGGGCAGUAUGGCGGAGACGGACGACGCAUCGCCGAGAGAAUAGCCAAGGAUGGCAAAUUUGAGAAUGACCUGGAAUACAUGGACGAUAAUGCCUCGAAGUUGGCCAAGCGAGUCCAUCGGUCUGAGAUCGACAUCAGAAACACCACCAUCAAUGAAUUCCAGAAGAUGAAUCGGAUUUUGGACAACUGUCCCCUUUGCCACCAUGAGGAUACCAACACUCCCCCAAUAGCCCCGGUGGUGUCUCUGGCGACCCGGGUCUACAUGACGCUACCAACCGAACCCGAGCUCAACGACGGCUGUGCCACCAUCGUCCCCAUUCAGCAUCGAACGAAUCUUCUCGAAUGUGACGACGAUGAAUGGGAAGAGAUUCGCAACUUUAUGAAGAGCUUGACCCGCAUGUAUCAUGAGCAGGGCCGUGACGUUAUCUUCUACGAGAAUGCAGCCCAGCCGCAUCGAAAGAGACAUGCGGCCAUGGAGGUGGUGCCGUUACCCUACAGCCUUGGAGAGACCUCUCCGGCUUUCUUCAAGGAAGCUAUUCUCUCCGCAGACUCCGAAUGGACCCAGCAUCGCAAAUUGAUCGACACGGCCGCCAAAGCCAAGCAAGGGCUGGGCCGGUCUGCAUUCCGGCGAACCCUGGUCAAGGAGAUGCCUUAUUUUCACGUCUGGUUUGAGCUGGAUGGAGGACUGGGCCACGUGGUCGAGGACGAGAAUCGAUGGCCCAAGGGCGACCUGUUCGCCCGGGAGGUGAUCGGAGGAAUGCUGGACGUGGGCCCCGAGGUGAUCAAGCGACAGGGACGCUGGCAUCGGGGAGGAGACCGUCGCGCUGACGGGUUUAAAAAGCGGUGGAGGAAAUUCGACUGGACGAGAGUUCUGGUUGAGGGAUGAGCAUAGGAUUGGAUGAGGAUGUAUUCUAGGUAUACCGGGCACUGGAAGCACGUCAUGUGAUCACGGGGUAUGGAGGAAGAAAUGACUGCGUAAUGUGCGUGUUUUCUCUAUUUUCGUUCUACACAUCAUCAUCAUCAUCAUCAUCAACCUGAGCAAUCAUAAC